CAUGGAUAACAGGGUGCCUAGGUAACAACAGCAGCAGUCUAGGAAAGGGUUGAUCAGAGGCAGCUAGGGGGUUAAGAGGACCCCAGCAGAGACGAUGAACAGACAGUCAGAAGAGCUGCAGAGGAUCAGCUCUAGUGCUCAGAGCGCAAGGAGGACCUGCUCCUGCAGACGCCCCUCUCUGCCCAUGUUUAUGUGUCUCUCCUGCUCCCCCUGUGUUUCUCUUCCCUUUGCUUCCCCUUGCAAUCCUGCAGCCAAGGCUCCUCUCAAAGAGGGGAGGGGAUUCUUUUUUUUGCCUUUUGCAGAGACCAUGCAUGCUAAUGUUCUUCGCUUCUGAUUGCUGCUGCUUCUGCCUCUGUCACACAUUGUAGCAGAGACACGCUGAGCUUUGGUGGACCUUCAGGAGAAGACUUGUGUGUCUGCAAAGGGAGCAGAAGACUUCCAGGAACCUGUGGAUUAGUUACAAGUGGGCUGCAACGCAAACAAGGUCUUGGGCUUUUAUUUUUUUUGCACUGGGAGCAAUUUCUCUUCUGGAUCUGGAUGGUGAAAGGGAAAGCAGGAGCAAAAAGUCCACCUCUGUAGAGAUGUCAUGGCUUAAUGAGACCCUCUGUCCUGGAUCUUUAAUUUGGGAGAACCCUAAAAGUUAUCCGGGGUUGGGGAGCAACAACUAAAAGUGGGAGGCAAAGUUGGAUCUCAUCAGCAGCCUCCGUUGGUUGAAGCAUAGAACCUUGUCCAAGACCAGAGAAGUUGGACCUUCCCCCGAGCAGAGGAGCGUUUUGGUGGUGAGUAAGAGGUUGUUGUGGUUCCUCUGGGUUGGGGGCUUUGAAGUGGCCGAGAAGACGACGAAAGGAGAAGGAAAGGCAGCCGUGGCCCCUGCCGGGAACAUGGGCACUUUGAGGGACUUGCAGUACGCUCUGCAGGAGAAGAUCGAGGAGCUCAGGCAGAGGGAUGCACUCAUAGAUGAACUCGAGCUGGAGUUGGAUCAGAAGGAUGAGCUGAUCCAGAGGCUCCAGAACGAACUGGAUAAGUACCGAUCUGUCAUCAAACCGGCCACCCAGCAGGUUCACAAACAGAACCCCACCACUUUGGGGGAGCAGAGGACCAAGAGGCAGGCUAUCUCUGCAGAGCCAACUGCCAUUGACAUCCAAGAAUUGAGUCAUGUCACUCUUCCCUUCUACCCCAAGAGCCCACAGUCUAAGGAAUUAAUUAAGGAAGCGAUUCUGGACAACGACUUCAUGAAAAACCUGGAAAUCUCCCAGAUCCAAGAGAUUGUGGAUUGUAUGUAUCCCGUAGAAUAUGGAAUGGACAGCUGCAUCAUCAAGGAAGGGGACGUGGGCUCGCUGGUGUAUGUCAUGGAAGACGGCAAGGUGGAAGUCACAAAGGAGAGCGUCAAGUUAUGCACCAUGGGACCAGGGAAGGUUUUCGGGGAGCUCGCUAUAUUGUACAACUGCACCCGCACAGCUACUGUCAAAACACUUACAAAUGUGAAACUCUGGGCAAUCGACCGACAAUGUUUCCAGACGAUAAUGAUGCGGACGGGGCUCAUCAAGCAGACGGAAUACAUGGAGUUUUUAAAAAGUGUUCCUACAUUCCAGGACCUUCCUGAAGAAAUUCUUAGCAAGCUGGCCGAUGUGCUUGAAGAGACUCACUAUGAAAACGGAGAGUACAUAAUCAGGCAAGGGGCUCGAGGGGACACUUUCUUCAUCAUCAGCAAAGGGAAGGUCAAUGUCACCCGAGAAGAAACUCCUGGUGAGGAUUCAAUAUUUCUUCGCACUUUAGGAAAGGGAGACUGGUUUGGUGAGAAAGCUCUGCAAGGGGAAGACGUGAGGACAGCGAACGUGAUUGCAGCUGAGGCCGUGACUUGCCUUGUUAUUGACAGAGACUCCUUCAAACAUUUGAUUGGAGGCUUGGAUGACGUUUCUAACAAGGCUUAUGAAGAUGCAGAGGCGAAGGCAAAAUACGAAGCGGAGGCGGCGUUUUUCGGCAACCUCAAACUGGCGGAUUUCAACAUCAUCGACACACUCGGCGUCGGAGGCUUCGGAAGAGUCGAACUGGUCCAGUUGAAAAGUGAUGAGUGCAAAACAUUUGCAAUGAAGAUCCUGAAGAAGAGGCACAUAGUGGACACAAGGCAGCAGGAGCACAUUCGGUCAGAAAAACAGAUCAUGCAAGGUGCACACUCAGACUUCAUUGUUAGGUUAUACAGGACGUUUAAAGACAGCAAGUAUCUAUAUAUGUUAAUGGAAGCUUGCCUUGGUGGAGAACUAUGGACGAUUCUCAGGGACAGAGGUUCAUUUGAUGAUUCAACAACAAGGUUUUACACAGCUUGUGUAGUGGAAGCGUUUGCUUAUCUGCAUUCCAAAGGGAUUAUCUAUAGAGACCUCAAGCCUGAAAAUCUCAUUCUUGACCAUCGAGGUUAUGCAAAGCUGGUUGAUUUUGGCUUUGCAAAGAAAAUAGGAUUUGGUAAGAAAACAUGGACUUUUUGUGGAACCCCAGAAUAUGUAGCACCAGAGAUCAUCCUGAACAAAGGUCAUGACAUUUCAGCCGACUACUGGUCACUGGGAAUCUUAAUGUAUGAGCUUCUGACUGGCAGCCCACCUUUCUCAGGUCCAGAUCCUAUGAAGACAUACAAUAUCAUAUUGAGAGGUAUCGACAUGAUUGAAUUUCCAAAGAAGAUUACCAAAAAUGCUGCUAAUUUAAUAAAAAAACUAUGCAGGGACAAUCCAUCAGAAAGGUUAGGAAACUUGAAAAAUGGAGUAAAAGAUAUUCAAAAGCACAAAUGGUUCGAAGGCUUUAAUUGGGAAGGGUUAAGAAAAGGCACAUUGACACCUCCUAUUAUACCAAGUGUUGCAUCCCCAACAGACACGAGCAAUUUUGACAGCUUUCCUGAAGACAGUGAAGAUCCACCUCCUGAUGACAAUUCAGGGUGGGACAUAGACUUCUAGUGUAUUUUUCUUACCUGCUUCUGCCUUGCUGAAGACAGCUUUCCUGAGACACGGCUGCCAAGAAGAAGAAGAAGAAGUAGAGAGCAAAAAAGGGAAGGAUUCGAUGGGGGAAGAUCAGUGCUCGGGGGUCACCAUGAUGCCUUGAUUGAUGCUGCUCCAGUUAUUACAGUGGCAUUAGGACUUAUUGCUUAAAUGACAAUAAUGCUCUUUAACAUGUUUUACGUUUUAAUACAAGAACUGACAUGGUGGUCCUGAAGCAAAUCUUCUUCUAAAGUAAUAAUAAUAAUAAUAAUAAUAAUAAUAUGAAAAGUAUUACUUUUUAUGCUGGCCACAUACACAAAGAUAGGAUCGUUCCAAAGUGAUUAAUCUCUUUUCUGACCUAUUGAAUUCCAUGAACAUUUUUGUUUGGGAGUAAGUGAUGAGACGCAGAUGGCCAAAAACAUGAAAUUCAGUUAAUUGGGACAGAAAAUGGGUUUUUUUUCACUCUCAGUUCACUAGUUUGGGGAUUAGAACCAUAGCGUCCAGAUGAUCACUGAUUAAUUGUUGACUCUGUCCAUGGAUCAUAUAUUUGUGUGUGUUGAUGUGAGUGUGUAUAUGGAAAUACAGAUGGUGAUUGUUUUUUGAGUGUGUGAUUCCUCUUUGUUAGGUAGGAUGAAAAUGUGAAAAUCCAACUGAUCACUUUUUAUGGUCUGCUUCUCUUGUGGUCUAUUGACUGAUCAGAUCAUUAUAUGUACAUAUUAAUUGGCUUGAAUCAAUGGAACCCAAAUGAUUACUAUUUCUGGCCUAUGAUCUACUCAUUGAUCAGAUCAUUGUGUGUGUCUGUUGAGUGGGUUGAACCAUCGUCUGCUUCCCUUGUGAUCUACUCACUGAUCAGGCCAAUGUGUGAAGUGGGUUGAACCAACAGAAUCCAAAUAAUUAUUAAUUUUAAUUGAAGUCCCCUGUUUAGGGUUCUACACUAACUUUGUGGUCAACCUCUUUGGCGCGUGAGUUUAUUUCAGAUCAAUGAAAAUCAUGGAGAACUUCCCAACCCUUUGUUUACGGAAAAAUCAUUGGGUGUGUGGCCAGCUUAAGCAUCUGAACAAAAAAGUGUGAAAUGAAAACUGUAUAUAAUAAGAAGAUAGUUUUAUCUGUUAAGGAUGGUUGAUAAUUUAUUGCAAUACUGUAGAUCAUGGUACAAUCAGACAUUUGAUAAUCUCAGCAAACUGGGAAUAAAACUGCGGGUCAGAAAAGAAACAGGAGGAUAUUUAUCAAGGCUUUAGCCCAGUUGCCCAGCAUAAAAAAAGUAAAAUAAUAUAUGGUAUGGAUAUUUACUCUUUUCAAAUUGAAAUCAUGCGAUUAAGGUUGGCAAAUGCUUCAUUCUAAUCCCAAACAUAGAGCAAAGGACUUUCGUUGACUCUUAUCCAUCUUAAGGACCAUAACCAUUCGAUCAUUGUGUUCACGUCAAUCCAGUUCUACAUUCUGACAUUUUUUUUUCAUUUGUUUUCAUUAUAAAACUGAAUGUUAACCUUUUCAUUUGUCAGAUUUGUUUUUUUAUGAUAUUAAUAAAAGCACAACUGCUGCA